AUGUCAUGCCCACCUUAUUUUAAUGAAAAUUCAUAUGCUCAUCCUCCAUUGUAUACAAGGCCAUGGUUUCUAAGAGAUUGUUCACAUUAUGAACCAGUCCCUUAUUCAGUGGUACCUUUCUAUUUUCACCCAAGAGUAUAUUUAGCUACACCAGAAGUUUAUAGACAUAAGAUUAUAGAUCCAUCAAACCCUUUUAUGGUAGUGCCUUUCUUGCCUGUUCCUUUUAAUCAUCAUCAAAGGGAAAGUAGUUACUGUAGUUGUGCUACUGCUGAAAUGAAUGCCUGCAGACUAGAAGUUCUAGAGAAGCCCAAUACUGUUCAUAGCAAUUCAGGUGAAAAGGCAAUAAUCAAAUCCCAUCAGCUGUCAUCAGAUAGUUCUGAGAAAAGUAGAUUCAGUAAACCUGUGGUUAAUCUAAUUGAUUCAAGUGGCCAUUCUGAUUCUAGGAGCAUGGAACAGAGAGAAAGCGGAGUCUUGAAUGCACACCAUGAGCCAGAACUUUCUGAAAAAAGUGAGAUUAAUAUCUCUAGUGAAUUUCAAGCAGGAACUAAUUGCUCCAUUUCAAGCCAGUCAGGUUCAGUAAGUGCUUUUCAAUUAAAGUCGUCAAAAGAAAACAUAACUAACUUUAGUUCAAAACUUGCUGAAGAACUUGAAUCUGCAUGUAAGCAACAAAAAUUUUCCAUAGCACUGGAAGAUGCCAGUGAAACAGAUAUUAUUAACUUGGAUACUGAUGCAUAUUUUCCCCACUUCAGAGAUAAUCAAAAUGAUGAGAACAAAUGCAAUGACUUAGAUGAUGAUUCGCAACUAGAAUAUCACAGUGCUGAAGAACAAGAUUAUAUUGGGCAUAACUCAUAUAGGCAAGAAACAGAGACUUCAGAAACUUUUCAGGACAAGGAACUGACAAAUGAAGAUGACCAACAACCUUUUAACAAAUUGGAUGAUGAGUCUUCUACUUCAGGUUGUAGUAUUGUUGGUGACUGUUACAGUGAAAUACCAGAAUUCUCCCAGAUGUUUCAUGAUGGCAAAUGUACAGAGGGAGAGUGUUCAAAUUGUGAUGAUCAAGAAAAAGAUGAGACCAUCAGUAUGUUUUAUAGUAUUGUUAAUGAGGAUUCAUUUAGCACUAGUAAAAAAAGAAAUAAUUCAAAAUCAUUCCCACUGGGCAAGUCUGGGAUUGAUGAAAAAGUGAAAGUAAAUUCUCUUACAAAUAUAACACUGACAUCUCUAAUGGCGACCAAUAAAGGAUUAUGUAAAAAAAUUGAUUACAAUAGUGCACGUGUUUUUCAGAAAACUGGAAAUCCACAUGUGUUACAGCAGGAGAGAACACUAUCACAUAUCCACCUUUCUAAUGGUGAUUCAGAAGUUUCAAAUUCCUGUGUUCAUGAACAAUCAGUUGUACUUAAUGCAAAUAAGAAUUGCACCUACAAAGAUAGAAGAUGCCAAGAUAAUUUUCCUAAUUCAAAGUUAAAGAACGUGACAUACUUGAAUAAUGUAGCUAGUAACCAUCAAAGUAAAGUUAACCAAGCUGUUGAUGCAAGUUCUGAUUUUAGAGCUUGUUUUACAACAAGUCGUGCAACUAAUGUCAAGGCUUCAGUGGUGUCCAGGGCACAAAACACGGUGAUAACAAUGAUGAGCAAACGUAGGCCCAAGGAGUGGCUGGCAGAUUCCCACAGAAGUGUUGCCUGCAAUACAGAUUGGUCAUGCAUAUCUGGCAGUAUGGAGAUAACAGAUUCGCAAAUUGUAAUGGCCAAUACGUUGGGAAACUGUAUCGGUAGUGAUACUGCCAAACAUGGAUGGACAUCAAAUUUUGAGACUAACACAAUGGAAAACCUGCUUCCUCUUCCCUUUGAAACCCCCAUUCGCCCUAAAAUCUGCUCUAGAAGGCCCCUCAACCCUCCAGAACAGAUUGUGGAAGCUGUGGGACAAAGAGGCAAUUCGCUGACAGAAGUCUUCAAUAAGCAGAGGGAAACUAAUGCGAUUUUACUCUCUGUGAGGAGGUACACCAUAAUUACAUCUGUUGUACGGAUGAAGGGUUAUGUAGUUGGGAUGAUAGCUGUGUGGAAACCUGUUUCUGUGGGCUACAUCCAGUGUCACGAUCCUUUGGAAUUGGAAAAUAGCAUUAGUACAGAGUUAAAUGAAAUCCCAAACAGGAUGAUGCAGCUGUCACAAGAAAUAACUGAGCGUUUGCCAAACUGCUGUAAGGAGAUAUUGCAGAGAGCCAUAAAGGCUGAAAUGCAGCUUCUGAAAAUCCGCUAUCAGAUGUAUCAUCAGCACUGCUGGCAGACUUCUAAGUCUAUUAUGGAAGAAAAGGAGCACGUAAAGAGUUCUUCUCUUGGGAUAGGAAAGUCUGUGUCACAAGUGUCAUUGCCACAGAACACAGAAGCCUCACUCCCUUUAGUUACACCCCAAAUGAGUGAAAACUUUGACCAUCAGCUGUGGCCUUCCAACAAGAUGUCUAAGGAGAGGAAAAAUGAUCUUGUGGAAAACAGUUCUUCAAAUACUCAAGAAAUCAGCGAAGACUGGUUUGAUGCAACAGAGAACCUGACAGUGACUGAUUCUUCACGGUCACUUACAGAUCAGUCAAAGUUAAUUGUUAGAACAGAAACAAAAACUAUAGAAGACAGAAAAAGGGAGUCAAAGAACAUCUAUUUAGUUCAUGUUGGUGGUUUAAGUCCUUUAGUAUCAGAAAUUGACCUGUGGCUUCAUUUCCAGAACUAUAAUGUUUCUGAGAUUUCAAUUUGUGAGUAUUCUGAUAAUUACAGAUAUGCAUCCCUCAGUUUUAAAACCGCUUCUGAUGCCAAGAUGGCAGUGAAAGAAAAGAAUCAGAGAAAAAUAAAGGGGAAAGAAGUGAAGGUUAGACUUGUAAAGGUCGUAAGAGAAAAUGGAGUCCGAGAUCAUCAGAGUUUGGUGAAACAGGAGCAUGAAAACGAAAGGCCAAAUAAUAAUUCUAACAAGGAUAUUGAAUAUAGAAAGAAUUGUAAUGUAAUUUCAGAAGUGCCUCCUUCUGCCUCAGCUACUCCAAAGGUUCCUGCUGGUGGUCCUAUCUCCUCUUCAAACAUCUCUGGAGUCUCUAAAGGUUCCAUAAAGUCAUCUUUGCCUAAUGGUCGCAGGCCUCCCUCAGCCACUUCAAAAGAGCUUCUGUGUGUUUCAGCCCCUUCCAAAGUACUCAAUCCUGAUUUCAAAUCUUCAUCAAGUAAUACAUGCUUUGAAAUAGAUCAGGAGGAUAUUGCAGAGGGUCUCUUGCCAUUGGCCUCAGUACAGUUUACCCCAAAUCCAUCCACCACCUUUAUACCUCCAAACACAUUGAACUUGAGAAGCUUCCGCAAAAUAGUGAAGAAACUUGAAGAGCUACAUCCAGAGGUUAGCAGAGACAAUAUUUUGGAUGCUUUGGUUGAGAUAAAAGAAAAUAAGGGUUUGCUUAGUGGGCUACCCCUUAGCAUAAUUGUGGAAAUGACAUCAUCGCUUCUGAAUAAAAAAAUGGCAUGCCAAUCCAAGGAAAAUCAAGAGAAUAAUCUAAGGACUAAGCAGGUGAAUACCUAA